AUGAGCAAGGAUAAACUUUCAAUUGCCUCCACAGACCCUGUUUCACUUGAAGAUCCCACGCCGGUGGUCAAAACUGAAGUAUCAGAUACCAAAGACGUUAAAGACGCUGAAGACACCACCAAGUCUGAUACCCCCAAAGUUGCCGCCAAAGAUGACAACAAGACGGAAUUAAAGCCCAAAACCGUCGAAACCGAGUCUGUGGCCAAAGAGACAGCCAAAGUUGAAGAGGAAGAUGCGCCACCACCGCCAGCACGCCCACUUUCGCCAUCUGCUCAGAUUAAGAAGGACUUGAAGGAUGCAUUUCCCCAGAUUGAGGAAAAGUACAUUGAGGCAGUGCUUAUUGCAUCCGAGGGCCGUGCAGACCCUGCCUUCACCGCAUUGUUGUACUUGCUGGAUCCCUCGUUCAAGCCAGAGCCAGUGCUGACCGCCAGAAGUGAGCCUGUGGCUAAGCAGCCUACAUUGACUGAUGACGAGCUCUUGGCUAGGCAAUUGCAGAAGGAAUUUGAGCGGGAAGACAGACGUAGAAGAUCACGGUCCCACAGACAGAAGAACUUGCCACCAGCCCCAGAAAACGACUCGCCUGACGAGUUUGAACAGAUCAAGGAAUCAUUCACCCAGGGGUUUGAGGAGGCCAAAACCACGCUCAACAGCUGGGUGUCGGGGCUCUCCAAGAAAUUUGGACUGGAUGAAGAUGGGCCUAGACAACAGCAUCAGCAGCGUCCGGGCCAUAAUCAGAGCCCAAAGUUGUUUGGAGCUUUAGGAGGAUCGUCGUUCAACAUCAACACCAAGAAGGGCAAGAACUUCGACGAGGACCCCGAGAUCUUGGCACUGGAUUUCCGCAAGAACGUCGACUUGGACGAAGAUAAGGCUCCAGUGUUGCCAAAGAGAGAGCACCAAGCCAAGAAGGAGGAUAAGUGGCAGCCACUCAAUUCAGACGUGCCCGUCAACUCGGAUGCAUUCUUAGUGACUGAUCUGGAGGACGAGGACAAGGACAAGAAAUGA